GCAGCGAGCGGCGCUCGGCGGGCGCGCCCUCCUGAAGGAAGCCGCCCGCCCCCCAUCACCGUCCCCUCCGGCGUGUUCAUGCCCCCGGGGCCCCAGGGAGCGCCAUGGCCCGAGCACGCCAGGAGGGCAGCUCUCCCGAGCCCGUAGAGGGCCUGGCCCGCGACGGCCCGCGUCCCUUCCCCCUCAGCCGCCUGGUGCCCUCGGCCGUAUCCUGCGGCCUCUGCGAACCCGGCCUGCCUGCCGCCCCCGCCGCCCCCGCCCUGCUGCCCGCCGCCUACCUCUGCGCCCCCACCGCCCCGCCCGCCGUCACCGCCGCCCUGGGGGCCCCCCGCUGGCCUGGGGGUCCUCGCAGCCGGCCCCGAGGCCCGCGCCCCGACGGUCCUCAGCCCUCACUCUCGCCCGCGGAGCAGCACCUGGAAUCGCCAGUGCCCAGCGCCCCGGGGGCCCUGGCGGGCGGCCCCACCCAAGCGGCCCCAGGAGUCCGGGGGGAGGAGGAGCAGUGGGCCCGAGAGAUCGGGGCCCAGCUGCGGCGGAUGGCGGACGAUCUCAACGCGCUGUACGAGCGGCGGAGACAAGAGGAGCAGCAGCGACACCGCCCCUCCCCCUGGAGGGUCCUGUACAAUCUCAUCAUGGGACUCCUGCCCUUACCCAGGGGCCGCGGAGCCCCGGAGAUGGAGCCCAAUUAGGUGCCUGCACCCGCCCGGUGGACGUCGGGGACGUGGGGGGCAGGAUCCUCCCACCUCCUGACGCCCUGGCCAGUGCGGGGGACUUUUUCU